AUGUCGGGCUCAAUGCAUUUGUCGCGUCUCCGAAAUUGGUUCCUCGCCUCUCCACCUGCCGAGUACGCCAUCACGAGUCUAAAGGAACUGCUGAUCGGCGCAAUCCAACAGGGCCCUGUCCCACAGCAUGUGGCUUUCGUUAUGGAUGGAAACAGGCGCUUUGCAAGAUCACAUGGGAUUGAGACAGUGGAGGGACACAACCUGGGGUUUGAAGCUCUUGCAAGAAUCCUCGAAGUCUGUUACAAGAGCGGAGUGAAGGUAGUCACGAUCUACGCGUUCAGCAUCGAGAAUUUCAAACGCUCAAAAUUCGAGGUGGAUGCACUCAUGGAAAUGGCCAAGGUCAAGUUGUCGCAGAUGGCUCAACACGGAGACCUACUCGAUCGAUACGGAGCAAAGGUUCGCGUCCUGGGCCGUCUCGACAUGCUCAAACCCGACGUCCUGGAGGCCGUUAACAAAGCUGUCGAUAUGACCAGCCGCAACGGAGACCGCGUCCUGAACAUCUGUUUUCCUUACACCUCCCGCGACGAGAUCACCUCCGCUAUCCGCGAGACGGUGGAGGAUUAUAGCAUGCCACUCGAACAGGGUCGCUCCGCCUCCCGGACCCCCUUCUCGGAAUCCCAUAUCGCACACAAUAUCCGUACCCAAACACUCGGCUCGACAACACACGACUCACAUAGUGAUUCCGAGUCAACGUCGGGCUCUUCGGGGCAGGAUGAUGAUGCAUCUCCUCGGCACGAAUCCGACCGGAUCUACGGAUCGAUGUCUUCCUGCUCGUCUUCCACAACCCUCCACCUCGGAAACCAGCAAGACCCCAAGGGGGCUUCACCGCCGAGAUCCCUGGCUGGGUCGGAUAGCCCAGUCUAUAUCUCCCCAGAAACCAUCUCCCGCCAAACUCUAAACGACCACAUGUUGACCAAGGGUACUCCGCCCCUUGAUAUCCUGAUCCGCACUUCGGGCGUCGAACGCUUGAGUGACUUCAUGCUCUGGCAGACCCAUGAAAACACGGAGAUUGUGUUCCUCAAUGUCAUGUGGCCCGAGUUCGACCUGUGGCAUUUCCUCCCCGUGAUGCUCGGAUGGCAGAGGCGGAUUUCCAAGUCCCGACAGGACCCCAAUGCAGAGGGGAACUUCGCCGGUGACGCAAAGUCGAGCGAGGAAAGCCCAGACGCGAUGCUGUGGCGUCAAGGCGGAAAGGUCAAGGACAUCUAG